CCACAUCGCCCAGCGCUCUUUCCACCAACACCACCUCUUCCCUCCCACCACAAGAGCCGCAUCAAUACCGCCAUCAUGCCUGGUGUCUCCGUCCGCGAUGUCCCAGCCGACAAGUUCAUCGACGCCUACGCCGCCUUCUUGAAGCGCCAGGGCAAGCUCCCAAUCCCAGGUUGGUCCGACACUGUCAAGACCUCCCACGCCAAGGAGCUCCCACCACAGAGCCAGGACUGGUUCUACGUCCGCUCUGCUGCCAUCGCCCGCCACAUCUACAUGCGCAAGACUGUCGGUGUUGGCCGUCUGCGCAAGGUCCACGGUGGCACCAAGAACCGUGGCUCGCGCCCAUCUCACCACGUUGACGCCUCGGGCGCUGUCGACCGCAAGGUCAUGCAGGCUCUUGAGAAGAUUGGUGUGCUCGAGCAGGAUGAGGAAAAGGGUGGCCGCCGCAUUACCCAGUCCGGUCAGCGUGAUUUGGACCGUAUCGCCCAGACCACCGUCGAGGCUGAGGAGGAGGACGAGGAUGACGAGUAGACGGUUCAUUACGGAAGAUUGUCUGCUUAUACUCCCAAAGUCGAUGGGUAUGAACUUAGCGUGGCGUUUCACGGAGUCAAAAGAGCCAAUGUCAGGCCUAGCAACUACUGAAUGAACCCAGCUUCCAUGCCC